AUGCCCAGUCUGAUACAGGGGGGAUGGAUAAUGGAAUGGACCCUUGAUGACCGAAUUGUCCAGAGCGAUCAUUCCAUCGAUCCGGAUGGAAACAUGGCACUCCGCCUUCACAUGCUGGUCCACACCUACGUCAUAACGGCCUCAUCAUCAUCAUCAUCAUCAUCGUCUCCGGGUCGUCCUUGAAAAGGUGGUUCCUCUCCUUCUUCUCUGCAUACUUGCAGCAACAAUUCUUCUCCGCAUUAGCAUCCUCUGCAGUUGCAUCCUACAGUCCUCGCUCUGCUCAUCAUGGCGGAAUCCCAAUCCGCCUUCUCUUUGUCCGCCUUUCUGCGUAACCCCCUCCUCCAGAGCUUUACUAUCUGUUACAUGCUCCUGCAAAGCCUCAUCAACUGGAUCUUUGCACCGAACCCCCCCAGCCCCAAGAAUAUCCCCAAUGGCCUUCCAAGGAAGCGCGUGGCCGUGAUCGGAACCGGCUUGACCGGCGUAUCCGCGGCCGCCCACUGUGUCGGUCAUGGCUUCGAUGUCGAACUCUUUGAAGCGCGAUCCAAGGACAAGGGAUUGGGCGGUAUCUGGAGUCGCGUCAACUCCACCUCCUCCCUGCAGAUCCACAGCAUCAUGUACCGCUUCCACCCGUCGGUGCAGUACGACACGGCCUACCCAAGCCAAGGCGAGAUCAAGGAACAGAUCGUCGACGUCUGGAAACGGUACGGGCUGCAGAAGCACACCAACUUCAACACUCCCGUCACCUCCGUCAAACAAACCAAGAACGGUCGCUGGAUCAUCAACAACGAGGAAGAAAAAUACGGCCGCUUCGACGGCAUCAUCGCGUCCGUGGGUGUCUGCGGCGAUCCCAAGAUGCCCCCCCUACCAGACCAGGGCAACUUCAAGGGCGACAUCUACCACUCCUCCGAGCUGGACGGAAAGAACGUUGAGGGCAAGAAGGUGGCCAUUGUCGGCGGCGGCGCCAGUGCCAUCGAGGCACUCGAGUUCGCCGUCAAGGCGAAGGCCGGCCAGAUUGACGUGCUGUCGCGGUCCGACAAAUGGAUCAUCCCGCGCAACAUCUUCGUGCAGUCUCUCUUGGCGAUGAACAUCCUCGGCCAGGAGACCUCCCUCUCAUGGAUCCCCGAGUCCCUGCUCCGCCGGUUCUUCUACCGCGACCUAUCCGACAUCGCUCCCUCAGGCGGCCUGUUCACGCAGACCCCCAUGGCCAACUCCGAACUGUUCGAGCAGAUCCGCGAAGGUAAAGCGCGUUGGCUGCGCGGCGACAUCGUCAACCUGACCGAGGACGGCGUCCGGUUCAACUUCCGCGGCAGCGGCGUGCCCAAAGGCGGUCCGGGUCACGAGUCGACCGUCGCCGCCGACGUGAUCAUCAUGGCCACCGGCUUCAAGCGGCCCUCCCUGAACUUCCUCCCCGACGACGCCUUCGAGGACCCCUACUCGCCCCCCAGCUGGUACCUCCAGGUGUUCCCGCCCAAGUACACGACCAUCUGCGCCAACAACAGCACGUACGUCAACGCCAUCGGCACCGUCGGCAACAUGCACAUCGGCAUCUACACGCGCUUCCUGCUGAUGUUCCUGACGGACCCGCUGUCGCGGCCCACCGAGGGCCGCAUGAAGACCUGGAUCGACUUCACGCGCUUCAUGAAGCGGUUGUCGCCAGUCGGGGCGUUUGAUUUCUUCACGUACACGGAGCUGCUCUACUGGUUUGUGUUUUCCAUCCUGGUUAACCCGUUCCGCUGGAAGUGGGCACCGUUUGUGCUGUUUGGCGUGGGUUGGACCUUGCCGUUAGAGGUCGUCAAGCAGGAGGAGAGCUUCCGGAAGGAGCUGAGACGGCAGCAUUAGCUGGAACAGUGGUGCACUGAUAGACUGGCUGUGCCAUGGCUGGCAUGCUAUCCGGCCUUCCAUCUAUGAUGAGUUAUGAUGUAUUUAGAGUAGAAUUGAUUAGGCAUACUGUAAAUGACGCCUAUAUGACCACUGUUUAGCUUAUUCCCGCCCUAG